CAUCAAUUCAAAUCACGAACACAAAAAUCAACAUUUUCAUUAGCAUCAUCUUAAUUCUCCGAUCCUGCAGAUUUCCAUGGCUCCGGCAAUUGCUAGAGUAACCGAGAAAAUGGCGAAACCAGUAACCAACGGGCCGGGUCCUGCUACAUUGGACCGGGCCUACGUGACGUUUUUGGCGGGAAAUGGUGAUUAUGUGAAAGGUGUGAUUGGAUUAGCAAAAGGUUUGAGGAAGGUCAAAUCGGAGUAUCCGCUGGUGGUGGCGGUGCUGCCGGAUGUUCCGGCAGAGCACCGCCGUAUGCUGGAGGAGCAAGGCUGUGUCGUGAGGGAGAUUGAGCCAGUUUACCCACCUGAAAACCAAACUCAAUUUGCUAUGGCUUAUUACGUCAUCAACUACUCUAAGCUUCGUAUGUGGGAGUUUGUGGAAUACAAGAAGAUGAUAUACCUAGAUGGUGACAUUCAGGUGUAUGACAACAUAGAUCAUUUGUUUGAUUUGGCGGAUGGUUACUUCUAUGCUGUAAUGGACUGUUUCUGUGAGAAAACAUGGAGUCACACACCUCAAUACAAAAUCGGCUACUGUCAGCAGUGUCCGGACAGAAUUAAGUGGCCUAGUGACGAAUUGGGUCAGCCACCAUCCCUAUAUUUCAACGCUGGAAUGUUCGUGUUUGAGCCCAGCCUCCGUACUUACCAAGACCUCUUGAAGAAACUUCAAAUCACCCCUCCUACUCCUUUUGCAGAGCAGGAUUUCCUGAAUAUGUAUUUCAAGAACAUCUACAGACCCAUACCACUAGUGUACAAUCUUGUUCUAGCAAUGUUAUGGCGUCAUCCCGAGAAUGUUGAGCUUGAUAAAGUGAAAGUUGUACACUAUUGUGCAGCGGGAUCAAAGCCGUGGAGGUACACAGGGAAAGAAGAGAACAUGGAAAGGGAGGAUAUAAAAUUACUGGUGAAGAAGUGGUGGGACAUUUACAACGACGAGUCUCUGGACUACAAGAGAUCAGUUGGCAUGAACCAGGUGAAUGUGAUAGGUGCUGCAGGAGCAGUGAACCAGCUUCAACCACUGAUUGCUGCUGCUAUGUCCCAGGCUGGUGCGGUCAAAUACGUGACUGCUCCCUCCGCUGCCUAAAUUUUGUACUACUACACCACAUUGCACUACAUAAGGUUAGUUAAUUAAUAGGGUGAAUGUACGGAUAAAUGGUUGAGAGGGAGAGGAAGUUGUUAAUAGUUUUGCAAGGUUCAAAUGAAGUUUGGGGAUGAUUCGUUUGGUUAUUUCCAAUUUCGUUGUAUUUGAAUUGAAAAUUGAAAUGUGUGAGUUGAUUAACAAGGUAAUAUAAACUAUAUUUGGUGUACUAGAGUUCUUCAUUGCA